AUUCAAUGCAUGGGAAUAGUGAUAUGUCAAUUCGAACUACCUGAUAUAUUAGGAAACUAGCUCACCGCCUCAGAAUCGUUUAACCCGGUUAGGCAUUACGCUAUGGCCACAAGAGAAUUCUCAUGGAGGUAGUUUUCGGCAAAAUCCAAAAAAUUUAUUAGACAAUCAUAAUUCAAUCUCAAGUUCAAAAAUCCCAUUUGCAAAACAUCUAUCUAAACCCUCGACACAAUCUUCCCAGCAAAACAACACUUCAAAUUCCAACAUAAUGGCUGAAAUUACAGCCCGCAAGCGCAAAGGUAAACAUUAUCUUUCAAUGUCCUAAAUCAAUUAUUCUAAUUCUUUUAUCAUAGCUUCAACUGCAGCUGCAGUCCCCGCGGAUGAGGUCGCAAAAGUAAAAAAGGCUAAGAAGUCUCCAAAAACAACCGAAGUCACCAAACCCAAGAAAGCCGCAAAGGUUGUUGAGAAGAAGAUUGUCGAAAAGAAAGUUGUCGUGAAGGAAGUUGCUGAAGAACCAGUCGAGGAGUCCGAAGAGGAAGAGGAAGAGGAUGAUCAAACUGAAGCUCUUUUGAAGGGUUUCGAGUCGGAUAACGAAGAGGAGGAGAAUUCCAAAGAAGGUGGACUCGAACCCGGUCAAGAAGUUCCAAACGCUCUCGAGGCACUCAGUAAGAAGCAAAAGAAAGCCAUCAAGAAGGCUGCCGAAGCAGCUGCCAGUGAUCUUCCAGGUGUUGUCUACAUUGGUCGCAUUCCUCACGGUUUCUACGAAGCCGAGAUGAAGGCAUACUUUUCUCAAUUCGGAGAUAUUCUUAAAAUUCGUCUGUCGAGAAAUAGAAGAACCGGAGCGAGCAAACAUUAUGCAUGGAUUCAAUUCGCGAGCAGGGGUGUCGCAGAGAUUGUAGCCAAGACUAUGGAUAACUACUUGUUGUUCAACCAUAUCUUGAAGGUUAAAUUGGUACCCGAUGAGCAACUCCCCGAGGACUUGUUCAAGGGUGCCAACCGACGCUUCAAGAAGGUUCCAUGGAACAAGAUUGAAGGUCGCAGAUUGGAGCAAGGUGCCGGAGAAGAGCAAUGGGAGAAGAGAAUAAGCAAGGCCGAGAAAAAGCGCGAGAUUGCCGCCGAAAAAUCUAAGAAAAUCGGUUAUGAAUUUGAGGCACCAAAGAUUAAGUCAGCAAAGGGUGUUGCGAAGAAGCCAGUUCCAGAGAUCGAAAGUGGUGAGGAUGAACUUGCUGGAGAUGGGGAUGUAGUCAUGGCUAUCGAGGCUGCAUCUGCAGUUGAGGAGCCAGUCAAGGCUAAGAAAGAGAAGAAGGUCAAGAAGUCCAAGGUCGUUGAGGAGACUCCCGCUGUCACAAUCACUACGGAGGAAACCAUCAUUACCACCGAAGUUGCUCCUGUCGAGAAACCAAAGAAGGGAAAGAAGGAAGCAAAGAAAUCCAAGAAGUCCAAGGCUUAAAUUUACCCUUUUUUUGCUCGCUUCUCUGCUCUCCUCUGCUUUCUCUGUAAAUUGCCCCUGCUUACUUUGAUGAUAUUCCCCGGAGUUAUGGUCACAUAAAAGAAUCUUCGUAUAUUUCAAAGGGCAAUGUUUUGAGAGAUAUUGCUUCGCCUAACUCGGUUGUAUGGUAUGUACAACAUGGACAAUGGUU